AUGAGACACAAGCACUUGGCUAAGGACCAGGCUCCUGAUCUGUUCUCUCUGGAGCUGGCUGGGAUGGAGGAGCUCACCCGGCGCUACGGCCCGGACUCCCCCCAGUUCCAAGACGCCCGGAAGAUUCUGUUUGCUGACGUCUUCGGCGUUUAUGGCAGCAAUGCGGUGGUGGAGGUGGUGACGGUGAAGACGUUUGAGACUCCGCUAACCAGGAAGUCGCGCUCCAUCCUGGAGGCGAAGCAGAUUAGUAACCCAGGAAGCCCCUACAAUCUGGCCUACAAGUACAACUUUGAAUACGCUGUCGUGUUCAACAUCGUGCUGUGGCUCAUGAUCGCGUUGGCUCUCGCCGUCAUCGUCAUCUCGUACAACUUGUGGAACAUGGACCCGGGCUACGACAGCAUCAUCUACAGGAUGACCAAUCAGAAGAUCCGCAUGGACUAAUCAUGCAUUACAUUCCGUCGCAGUGUUGUGUGUAGACAGGUUUCUCACUUCCAUUCCUCCCAUGCGUAUGUGUAUAUAUCGCUCUGAAAUUUCAGUUUGUGAAUAAGUAGGAUGAAGAAUAUUUAUUGACCCCUGCUGUUUUGCUGAAAAAUCUAAAUGAGAACGGGACGCAUGUAUUUUGCCUUUGUUAAUAGCACGCUGGAUGUGGUUUCGUUGAGUAAGUGCACUGCUGUGGAAUUGUGUGAAGUCGUCACGCUAGUGUCGUAAUGGUGUUCUGUGUCGUGUUCCUGCUCGAGUGACAUGUUGAAUCAUCUGUAUUUUUGUUUUUAUUCCUGAUGCACUGGACUACAUAAUAUGAUGGCGAUUGUAGAGAGGUGGGACGAUAAACUAAAAUUGCAUGUGGUAAAAUUUCACCCAGGUGUGAUGUUAAAACAUGGAGUUCUAUUUCGUUUCUCCUGACCGCCAGAGGCGGUGCUUUCAGCACAUGGAUAUCCAUCACACGAACGUGCAGGUC